GACGGCGGGGCCGGGGGCGCUGCCGCGGCCGAGGCGGCGGGCGCGGGCGCGCGGGCCGAGGCCGGGGUGGCGGGCAAGGGGCGGGAGCGCAGGCGCGCCUCGAAUGCGAUCGCCCAGCGGCGGGCCGCCAGGGCGCAGGCCGCGAGAGGCGGCCAGGGCAGCGGCUCAGAUGCCGAGGCCACGGCACGCGAGAGUGCCAGGGCCAAAGCCUAG